GCUUAGACAAUGCCCCGGAGCCGCCAGACCGGCGCGCCCCCGCCCCACCGUGCUACGUGAGCUCGCCUGGCCCGAGACCCCUUCAGACCCGGAGCGCCCAGUCUCCUGACCUUGAAGACUAGGACUCCCCUCCCAACUCUGCCUUGUGGGGUGGGGCCCCGCCCAGAUCACGCUGCCGCUGGAGUGGGGGUGACCACAGGAGACGAGUGAAGUAGAAAGAGGGAAAACAGAAAUCAGCAACCGGAAGGGGCAUCGGUGUGCAUGGGAUGGGGCCGCCGGGGGAGGGGCUGGGACGCUGCUCCCAUGCCCUGAUCCGGGGUGUCCCUGAGAGCCUGGGAUCCGGGGAGGCUGCGGUGGCUGGCCUUCCGCCUCUGGACCUGGCCAAAGCUCAGAGGGAGCAUGGGGUGCUGGGGGGUAAACUGAGGCAGCGAUUGGGACUACAGCUGCUAGAACUGCCUCCUGAAGAAUCACUGCCGCUGGGACCACUGCUCGGGGACACGGCCGUGAUCCAAGGGGACACGGCCCUAAUCACGCGGCCCUGGAGCCCGGCGCGAAGACCAGAGGUUGAAGGAGUCCGCAAAGCCCUGCAGGACUUGGGGCUCCGAAUCGUGGAGAUGGGUGAUGAAACCGCAACGCUGGAUGGCACUGACGUCCUCUUCACUGGCCGGGAGUUUUUCGUAGGCCUCUCCAAGUGGACCAACCACCGAGGAGCUGAGAUCGUGGCGGACACUUUCCGGGACUUCGCCGUCUCCACCGUGCCAGUGUCGGGCCCCUCCCACCUGCGCGGCCUCUGCGGCAUGGGGGGACCCCGCACCGUGGUGGCAGGCAGCAGCGAGGCUGCCCAGAAGGCGGUCAGGGCAAUGGCAGCACUGACUGAUCACCCUUAUGCCUCCCUGACCCUCCCGGAUGACGCAGCUGCUGACUGCCUCUUUCUGCGCCCCGGGUUGCCUGGUGGACCAUCUUUCCUCCUUCACCGGGGAGGUGGGGACCUGCCCAACAGCCAGGAGGCAUUGCAGAAGCUUUCUGAUGUCACUCUGGUACCUGUGUCCUGCUCAGAACUGGAGAAGGCUGGUGCUGGGCUCAGCUCCCUCUGCCUGGUGCUCAGCACACGUCCCCACAGCUAAGGACCUGGCCUCGGGGCUGUGUUUGCCCAGGGGUAAUUGGACAGUCAGAAUUUCUAUUAUGGACAGCAUUCCAGAGCAGAAAAAGGCGUAUGUGGGUGCAUCAAGUCUCAGAAUUUAUCUAAAUGUCAUAUGAUUCAGACACUGGUAGAUUACUAGUUCACCUUUAUUUUAUAGAAAAUUAAAAAAUGUUAUUACCAGGGA